AUGACCAAGGCAGCCUCGAAAAGCGACAUCGAAGCCGGGAGCAAUUCCGAGGCUCUGGAAAAUAUUACAUGGGAUGGGCCCGGCGACCCUAACAAUCCAUACAAUUGGCCAGAAUCUCGUAAAAUCGCUGUUGGAAUCGUCUGCUCCGUGAGCCAGCUUGUCACAACCAUGUCAGCUAGCAUGAUUGUUCCCGCCCUCGAUCAAAUCCUCGACGACGUGGGCCUCGGUCCUUCAACUGGCCAAAUCGCAUUUUCUGUUUUCUUUCUCGGCCUCGGGUUCGCCCCUUUUGUUGUGGCUCCCUUGGCCGAGGUAUUUGGUCGGAAACCAGUAUGGUUGGCUGGGAACAUCUUCUACGUCUUUUGGAACGCAAUGUGUCCGGUCGGAUACUCGCCAGCAUUGAUGAUCAUAGGCAGACUUCUGUCUGGAUCUGGUGCAAGCGUGGGUAUAACCCUUACGGGCCCAGUACUUGCCGACAUGUACCAGGCCAAAGAUAGAGGCAAAGCCGUGGCCAUUGCUGGCCUACUUCCUUACCUUGGGCCUGCGCUUGGUCCUAUUAUCGGCGGGGUUGCUUCCCAGCAUCUCUGGUGGCCAUGGCUGUUUUGGAUACUCAGUAUCUUUGAUAUGGCAGGCUUGGUCAUUGGAUAUUUCGUGAUUCAUGAAUCAUAUGCUCCAGUCCUUCUCCGGCGGAAACUAGAGGCCACGCUUGAUGAAACCUCUAAAUCGUCUAAAGACUGGAAGACAAGUCUUCAUAAAACCUGGGAUAUGAUCCCCUCCCGAUUGGGUCCUGCAUUGCGUAUCCCAUUUAAGUUGUUGAUCCUUCAUCCUUCAAUACAGAUCAUCGCCUUCGGAAUGGCACUUGCCUUUGGCGUUUACACCCUUGUGCUUUCUACAUUUGCCCAGCUUUUCCAGCAGGCCUAUCACCAAUCUUCAACUGCCGCUAGUUUACACUACAUCGCCAUUGCGAUGGGGGCGUUCGCAUGCGCUCAAGCAGGAGGGCCCUUGAUGGAUCUUAUUUGGCGCCGCAUGAAAACAAGACGACCAGAUACAGAACCCACGCCAGAGUACCGAGUCCCAUACAUGCUUUUCGGGAUUGUCCCUGGAGUGGCAGGCUUAUUCUGCUACGCAUGGGCAGCAGAGAGGGUCACCCAUUGGGUUGUUGUAGAUAUAGGGGCUGGGGUGUUUACAUGCGGGAGCUUCAUGUUCUCGCAGGGCUUGCUGGCCUACCUCCUCGAUGAGUUCAGCAACACACAGUCGGCGAGUGCAAAUGCGGCGAGUCGUGUCGGGACUUAUGUUCUUGGCUUCGCAUUCCCUAUUUUUGCCCCGGAGCUAUAUUCUUCAAUGGGAUAUGGUUGGGGUAUCAGUCUGUUAGGUAUUCUGCUAGGGGUGUUUGGAGUUCUUACUAUUCUACUACUUCAUCUAAGGGGGGAGAAACUCAGAUCAAGAGGGAGGCAAAAGGUCCAAAGCACGGUAAAUUGA